UUUAAAAGUAUUUCAAUAGAUUGUUUACAAAUUGAUAAGCGUUAUCACUAACGUCACUUUGACACUUUGCGAGUUAUCUAACCUCAAUUUUUGGUACGAGAUCAAAUAAAAUUUAUCAAUAAAUCAUGGCAUACGAUUUACAAAAAGAAGAAGACGUUAAAGAAUACAUAGAGAACCUCGGUAUAGAGUACCGGUUCGGUUGCUACCAGGAAAAAAAGCCACAAGUAUGUCAUCUUUUGGGCGAUUAUUUCGAAGCUGUGAAGAAAGAUUUCGACAAAGCUCGUAAGGUGUUUAAAAGCAACUGCAUGGAUUAUAACUAUGGGAAGUCUUGUCUGAAGAUUGGCAACUACACGCUGGUCGGUAAAGGCAAUGAGUUGGGGAAUGUCCCGGAAGCCCUAACCUAUUUUGAGAAGGGUUGUGAACUGGGGGAGCCCACUGCCUGCCUGCAUGCUGGCAUGAUUCUGACCGCCACUGGACCCGCCAUCACCACUAAAAGAGAUGUGCCAAAAGGAUUCAACUACCUCAAGAAUGGCUGUGACAACAAUGUAGACAUGGCAUGUCACUAUCUCUCCGGAAUGUACAUCAGUGGAGUUCCCAAAAAUGUAAAGGACUACAAUCCACACAGGCCAGACAAGAACAAAAACAUUGAAUUCCUAAUAAAACCAGAUAUGAAAGAGGCAUUUAAGUUUGCACUCAAGGGGUGCGAGCUUGGGAAUGUUUACGCCUGUGCUAAUAUCGGUAUAAUAGGCGGGUCAGGGUUCGACGACCCCACUCUGUUCGAGAACCAGGUGACUCGCCGCGUGACCACGCCGUUCGGGGACCCCUCUGACGUCAUCACGGAGGGGGAGAUCAAGGGGGUGCCGUGCGCUCUGCUCGCCCGCCACGGGAGGAAGCAUCAGAUACAACCCAGUGACGUGAACUACCGCGCCAACAUCUGGGCUCUCAAGCAGGCGGGCUGCACUCACGUGCUGGCGACCACGGCCACCGGGUCUCUGGUCGAGCAGUACCGGCCGGGGGACCUGGUUAUACUGGACGACUUCAUUGAUCGCACAUGGGGCCGCAAAUGCACAUUCUACGACAACACAUGCGACGUGACACGAGGCGUGUGCCACGCUCCCAUGCACCCCGCGUUCUGUGAGCGAGCAAGACAAGCGUUGUACCGAGCGGCCAUCGCCAGGGGCUAUGUGUGCCACGAGACGGGGACUGCUGUCGUUAUACAGGGACCCAGGUUUUCGAGCCGAGCCGAGAGUCUGAUGCACCGGCAGUGGGGCGGCCAUCUUGUCAACAUGACCACCGUACCUGAGGUGGUGUUGGCAAAGGAGGCAGGUCUCAGCUACGCGGCAGUGGCGCUAGUCACUGACUACGACUGUUGGAGGGAAAAUGAGACCGCUGUGUCAGUGAGCGAGGUGCUAGCGAUGUUCUCAAAGAACGUUCAGAAAGCAGCCGACGUGAUCGUGGACGCCGUGCAGAUACUGGCGGCCGACACCGACACGGCUUACCUCGACGCGCAUAAGGAAUUAGUGAAGUCGUCCAUUAUGUUGAAAGAAUAACAGUACAAAGAAAAUAUAAUCUCUAUAUUAAAAUUAAGCUUGAAAUGUUGAUACAAUCUGCAUUUAUUUAGUUGCCAAUAUAAUUGGAGCACAAUCUACAAUAAAUAUUUUAUGCAAGAUACAAAAACUU